AUGGUCUCAAACAAUCGCUUUUCUCCUCCCCAAUCUAUCUAUCUAUCUAUCUAUAAUCUAUUGACAGAAUAUUUAGUCCUAACUUAUUUUAUUGCUUUUGCGUUUUCGAAACUCAAUCUUUUUUCCCUCCCAUCUAUCUAUCUAUCUAUCUAUCUAUCUAUCUAUCUAUCUAUCUAUAUCUAUCUAUCUAUCUAUCUAUGUCUCAUUAACUCAAUCUUUCUUUUCUCCCUCCCCAUCUAUCUAUCUAUCUAUCUAUCUAUCUAUCUAUCUAUCUAUCUAUCUAUGUAUGUCUCAUUAACUCAAUCUUUCUUUUCUCCCUCCCAUCUAUCUAUCUAUCUAUCUAUCUAUCUAUCUAUCUAUCUAUCUAUCUACCUAUGUCUCAUUAACUCAAUCUUUCUUUUCUCCUCCCCAUCUAUCUAUCUAUCUAUCUAUCUAUCUAUCUAUCUAUCUAUCUAUCUAUCUAUCUAUCUAUCUAACUGUUUUUCAAUUAAUCAAUCUUUCUUUUCUCCCUCCCCUAAUCUAUCUAUCUAUCUAUCUAUCUAUCAUCUAUCUAUCUAUAUGAUGUUCCUAACUCAUUUUAUUGCUUUUGAUGUUUUCAAAUCUCAAACUCAAUCUUUCUUUCUCCCUCCCCAUCUAUCUAUCUAUCUAUCUAUCUAUCUAUCUAUCUAUCUAUCUCUACAUUCGUUAACUCAUUUUAUUGGUUUUCAAGGUCUCAUUGUCAUCUUUCUUUUCUCCCUCCCCAUCUAUCUAUCUAUCUAUCUAUCUAUCUAUGCAUUUAUCGAAUGCUAA